AUGGAUGACGCCUCAACGCGCAAACGACCGCGCCCGGUAGUCUCAUGUCUGCGAUGCAGAGAGAAAAAGCUCAAAUGCGAUCGGGUGGCGCCGUGCCAAAAUUGCACUAAAGCCGGAUGCCCUGCAGUCUGCUUUUACCAUCCGGGCGCGCCCUUCCCCACUCUUUCACAGGCAAAGCGAACCCGACUUGAAGAUGACAUCCACCGAGAACGAGACUUACAACCCGAAAGCCGGCAUGGAGCAGCUAUAGGUAUCAUUGAGGAUCUACAGCAAAGAGUGAUUAGAUUGGAGGAGCAACUUUCAAAUACUACUGAAGCUGCGUGCCUUCCUGGAGCCAAUAGCCGCUCGGCCGUCGAACCUGGUAAGAGCAGCAGCCAACAGAUUGAAGCCAGCCCCACUCAAUCAGCAUAUUCGGCACCUCGGGCGGGAACUAUUCUGGUCAAGGCGUCGCGAACCCGAUAUCAAGGGCAGAAUAGUCGGCUUAUCUCUCUGGACCAGUUUGGAGAGGCCAAAGCUUUCAUCGGCCAAUGCACAAAGGAUCCGACUCUCCUGCGACUCGCAAAGGACGUGCAGUUCCUUCAAAGCAAGUCGCAAUGGCCACUGGUCUCGCCAGAAUCAAAUUCGCACUUGGAGAGUUCUCCAGAGAUAUUACAACUCCGAAUUUCCCUUCCCUCAAAAGCGGUUUGUGAUAAGCUAUUGGACUCAUAUGCCAAGAAUUUCGAGAAAGCUCUCCGGAUUUUGCAUGUUCCAUCCUUUCAACGCCGGUACACGGAGUUUUGGGAUGAUUCUGACCAUGAAAUCUAUCAUUCGUCGGCAUUUAUUCCUCAGCUUACAGCAGUCCUCGCCGUGUCGGUCUCGCUAGAGGACCAAAAUAUGAAACUCGUCGAUUCCUCAGCUUGGAAAUAUUUGAAGUUGUCAGCUGUGAAUCUUAUUCAAGAAUGGUACCGAAAACUCAGUCGCAAGCAACGGGCCGAGCUUGACACGUUACAAGUUGAAGCACUUCUAAUAUUAGCGAGACGCCUGCAACAAGUAUCGUCCGAAGAGAUUUGGCGGGCAUCUGGAACACUUGUUCGCUCGGCAAUGUCGAUUGGCCUACACGUAGAUCCUUCCACCACGCUUGAGAUAUCUGCUUUCCAAGCCGAGAUCAGGCGCCGACUGUGGAUUACGAUCAUGGAACUGGACCUACAGACAUCUGUUGAAUCCGGCUUGCCCGUCAUGAACGGUGGAAUGAAAUUUGGUCAUAUGACUCAGGCUAAUCUCAACGAUUGUGACUUUGACGAAUCAACCACAGAACUUCCCGCUUCUAGACCUUUGCAUGAAUGGACGGAUUCCUUGAGCCAAAUCACAUUGGCUGCUUCUUUCCCCCGCCGAAUGAUGGCUAUGACUUGUGUGAGCAACGGGAUCUCAGAAAUUGAUUUCGACGAGUUGCUGAAGCAUGGUCGGCAACUGGAAGAGUGCCUGCGACAAAUCCCAACGCCAUUAAAAAUGGAUUAUGCCCCUCCAAGGGACAACGAACCCGGUCUCCUACUGAACCGCGUCUUGUUGGAUGUUUAUACCCGGCGACCACUUCUCUGCCUCUAUCAGUCUAUAGUCAGGGAAGGGGAUUGCGAUAAUCCAGCUGUUUCGGAAAUUCAGCAAUUGUGCCUAGAUUCAUCGUUGGUGAUGCUAUCCUUCCAGGACUGCUUUGAUCCAAAUGUGGCUGACCCAGACGUAUUCAACUCGAACGCGUACUGGGAUAUUUUCCAAGUUCUCUUCAAAUCCGACAUUUUAUCGGCAGCUUUGAACGUUUGCGGAUAUUUGAAAUCCGCAAAUAUGUCUGAGCAAAAUCGUUCAGUUGUCCCCGGUGCAGGAGGCAUAGUGCAUAUGAAAGCCAGUCUGACCCGCACCGUUGAAAAUGCCCUCGAUGGAUUGACUCGGAAGAUUGGAGAUACAGGGAACAGCUUCAAGGAUGUUUUUCUUCUUGCCGUCGUUUUACAAUCCGUGCGAGCGCGUGGGCUAGCCCGGACAAAAGCGGGCGCGAUGUACGAAGGAGCCAAAAAUGCCUUGUCGAGAUGCCGACAACACUUACUUCCAGAUCUCGGUGAGCAAUCUCUUGGCUUGGACUCUUUGCACAUGAGGCAUGAGGGUCAGUCAAUUAAGCCAAUGCUCACUUCCGAAGCCGAACCGCAAUUUACGUCGGUGUCCCAGCCUGAAAUAUCUGAUGCAACUGAUCCCUUAUCCACGCUGGCCGAGUUCAACUUUUUUCAAAGCGAUCCUUUUCUCUUAGGCUUAGAUGGAUCAUUUGUGUGGGAUCCCUAG